CCCCCUUGGGGCUGAUGCCUUUUUUUAUAGUUUUCGUCUGUUCAUCCCAAAAUCGUUACGAAGGUAAAAUAAUGUCGAGCCUUUUUGGGUCAGCCCCCCAACCCAACCACCCCCCCCCCCCCCCCUUGGCAAAAAGCUAGAUUCUUCCCUGAGACCGCUGUAUUUUAUCAGGUAAACAGCAACAGAGGGUGGUUGGUCGACAUAAAUGGGAUUGCCAGAAAAUCUUUCAUAGCUAGUUGCUCAAGGGCUAAAUUAGGUAUAACAAAAUUGUAUUUUUAAAUGCUAGAUUGUAAUCGUGUGGAUAUACUGAACAAAAAGAUACAAAUAAAAGAGCGAACAUUUUCGCACACAUCAAGAACAUAUCUUUAAAAAGCAAAAAGAGCCCCGGAACAAUCUAUCAAUACCGUGAAAAAGUACUCAAGAUGUUAUCUUCUUAAAGAUAACAGAUAACUUCCUGUAUCUUCCUGAAACCAGACGGAUCUCGGGGAUGUAUAGCGUACAAACAGUUUUUCUCUCAAGCAUAAAGCAGACGGAAGUGGAAAGAGUUUAGUGCUAAGGGGACAGCUGUUACAAUUUCAGCUGUUGCUUUAUUUCCCUCGUGGACGACGCCGCGAAACUCGGCUUUAAAAUCGUCUUAUCAAAACGCGAAAACACAAUACGCUCUACUUUCUACAGCGAUAAGAUAGUACAUAAUUUGAUAUUCUUAAGAUUUCACGAAAACUUCAUCUCCCGAGAAAGCAUUGCUGUGACUACUGUAUUUUUCUCGAGCCAUUAAAGUGAAAUAGGCGGCAAGUUUAGGAUGAAUGCAACAGGUCGCAAGAAUGGUCGACUUCGCGGCAGAGAAGCGCUGCUUGAAUGGUGUCGCAGGCACACGUUUGGGUACAAGAAUGUAUACAUACGGGACAUGACCUAUAGCUGGCAAGAUGGACUAGCUGUCUGUGCUUUGCUCCAUCGAUUUCGGCCUGAACUUAUUGACUUUGAAAGCUUGUCAAAGGAUAACGCACUAGAAAACAACGAGCUCGCGUUCCGCGUGGCCGAGCAGCAUUUCGGUGUUCCAAGGCUACUGGACCCGUGUGACGUAGUAAACACCAAAGACCCGGAUGAAAUUUCCAUAAUGACUUAUGUCUCCAGUCUCUAUCGUUGUCUGAAGGACAGGAAACCUGUCCCCCGUCCCAGAGGGCUGUUCGAGGUUCUUUGUGGAAUGGACGCGCGGACGGUCAUCAAAACGGAUAUGACGUAAAUCUCUUGAUAUGACGUCAAUUUCUUAUUUCAUCACGAGGACUGCUCACCGUUUGUAUCAAAACAUACAUAUGGCUUUGAAAUCAUAUAAUUGCGCAGUUUUGCACACGUAAGCUUAGAUUAGGACACUUAUAUCAAAACCUGUAACCACACGAGAGAUACAACUAUUUCAAGAUACGUUGUCAGCGCAAAUGACAAUUCAACCUCGUUCCCAGGGUCUUCUGGGUAAUUUUCAAUAUGGCGUCUUCUUCAGCUAGACGCCAUAUUAAAAAUUACCCAGAAGACCCUGGGAACGAGGUUGAUGACAAUUGCCAAAGGCAGUGUUACCAUCCGAAAUUACCAAGGGGCUCAUAUAUUUCUCAUAUUUUACUGAAAGCAGGAAAAUGUAAAUAACUAAAGAUAGAAGUACCUAUUCUAUAGCAGUCACGUCGUAUCUAGUAGGAUAUUAUAAGAAUAUAAAACGAAGUCCAGCCCAAAA